AUGAUCAGAAAGUACAUUGAGAUGUGUGAAGACACUGUACACACAAUUGAAUACCAAUCAUCCAAUAGUAGCAGAGACCUAUUGGAGUUGUCAGUUCGCAGACACUAUAUGUUGACCAAGGACACGCCAGAACAAGAGCUAAUACGCAUUGGAUCGUUUUCUCAAAACAGUACCCUGGAGCAUCAAUCCAAACAAUGCAAGGCGGUGGAACUUGAAGUUAAUAUUCACAGUUACACGUCUAGUCCAGAUAAGGAGGGAGCAUUCCAGCUGUACUACCUCAAUACCAAGAUGGUACCAUUCUCACUCACAAUCGAAGCUGACAACAUGAGGGAUGUGGGAAGAUUUCUCCCAAAGUGCGCCACAUCACUCUCAUCACUGACCAUCCAACUUUAUGACAUUGAACGAUUGAUCAAAGCAGAGGUUGGUGGAGCAUUGGAGACAGAAAUAUCAAACCUUGUGACCGAUCUCACUGAUCAGGCAAUCUUCCCUGCACUGAACAGAGUGUCAUUGAUGAUGAUUCUGCAGGAUGGACGUAAAUGUCCACUCAAUCGUCAAGCAAUCUCCAGUCUGUCCACCAUUCUCCAAUUCCAGCCAAUAGAAUAUGACUAUCCAAUUACAUUCGAAAGGGUACUGUCUGACGUUGCUGUCGUCAAUCAUUAA